AUGGCUGAUCAGACGACCCGGGCUUUUGUGGUUGAACACUUGGAUCCCGAGCUGGGCCCGUGGUCUGCACUGGAAUAUGCUGCCAUUGCUCGCGAAUCGCAUGACCGCGGGGCUCGAUUCCUACUGAGUUCUGUGCCCGCCGAGCUGCAGAUGCCCGCUGACCUCGCCGCCACCCGCGGAUUGGAGGUGGAGCAACGCAGUGUUGAAGAGAUCUUUGCGGAUCGCAAGGACAAGGUUUGUCUAUUGGAUCCGUCGGCUAAGGUGGAAUUGAGCCCGGAGGAUGGUGACACCUUUGAUGUGUUUCUGUUCGGCGGUAUUCUUGGUGAUGAUCCCCCAAGAGAUCGCACGUCUGAACUCCGCAAAAAGGGUUACGUUGGUCGCCGACUCGGCCCCAAGCAAAUGACCACAGAUACCGCCGUGCGAGUAACUCGCAUGGUGGUGCACGAGAAAGUCCCGUUGGAGGAAAUCCCCUAUGUCGAUUACCCGGAAAUUCUAAUCAACGAACAUGAACGCACUGAAAUGCCCUUCCGCUACGUCAAAGAUGCUAAUAACGAGCCGAUCAUGCCUGAUGGGAUGGUGGAUCUGAUUAAAAAUGACGCCGACAAAAGUGUUGGUGAUCUUUUCUAA